CGGAUUACUUUCGUUUCGCCAUUGUUGGCUGUUGUCUGGAUUAUGUUUCCCACCCGUAGGUAGGUGAGUUUAGAUGAUUUUCUUUGCUAUUGUUUUUGCGUUUUACACCUGACGCUAUUAUGAUUCGAUUGCAGUAGUUUUACGUGUAUUUUGUCUGUUUAUCUUGACUGUCAAUGUGCCGAGGUGUUUCGCAAUAGGACUAACAGUGUGUGAUCUUGUGUAUUCGUGAAUGUGAGCUGAAUUACAGUGUUUUUAAGGCUUCUCACAACUUAUUGUGACAAUUUUGAGAAGAAGUGGUGUUGUUACUUUCCGUAUAUUGUUGCUUGUAUGAACAUUAUUGACCUGCGCCCAUGCUUGGAUAUGACUGCAUGCUUUUGUCAUAGUUGAUGAAAAAAAACUUAUUUCUUGGAUAAUUUAGUGAUAUUUGUGGUGGUAAUUUACUCGUGUAUUUUCCACGUCCAUUUUAAAGUUCAAUUGUUUGACAGUUAUCGAAGUUGUCAGUGGUUUUUAGCUAAAUUUUGUCAGAAUCGGCUUGCUGAAUAGCAUUUUGUCUGUAAAAGCACUUUUUGUUACUCAGCUACUAACGUUUAGGCUUUUAGUGUUGCUGCGUUACCUCUUGGGAACUUCGUGAGCACAACUUUCGUGGAAGUAACUAUAAAGCUAUCGAUUUCUCCAAAAUUUCAUAAUAAGCAGAAAUUCCCUAAUUUUCUUAGGAUUCCACUUUUUCAAACGAUAGCCUGUGGGUUUGGCUAUUUGUGGAAUAUGAGGCACUGCACUCAUUGCUUUAUAUACUGGUUUUUAGUAAUAUUGACCAUAACAGUAGUUUCAGUUGAACAGUUUGAAAGUGAUGCAAACUGAGUGACCAGUGGGAUGCAAAACAACUUUUGAUAGUCUAUAUGAUGAAAAUUUCAUUUUAGAUUUUCGCCUAUGCAAUGAGCUCUGAAGCAAAUCUAGAUUCUUCCAAUUCUAUUAAAUCAGAAACUCAUGCUGCAAAGUCUCAUUCGUCGAAAAUUACCACCAACCAGUUGGAGUAUAUUAAGAAGGAAGUGGUUGGCAGGUUAUUCAAAGAAAAGAUAGUAUGGCCAUUUACAAAACCGGUUGAUCAUCAACGCCUAAACCUUCCAGACUAUCCUAAAAUCAUAAAACAUCCUAUGGAUCUUGGGACAAUCAAACAGCGAUUAAAUCUGAAAUUUUAUCAUUCCUCUUCGGAAUGUCUCGAUGAUCUUUUUACGAUGUUCAGAAAUUGUUAUAUAUUCAACAAACCGGGAGAUGACGUGGUUGCAAUGGCAAUGAAACUCGAACAGAUUGCAAGAGAACGUUUAAAGUUUAUGCCAACUCCUGAAACUGAAAUCUGUCCUCAAAAAGCUCCAAAGUCCACUCGUCCCCUUACUACUCCCACGCAAGUUCACCCAUCCAUUGAAUCAAUCCAUCCAGUUGCUUCAACUAAUCAUACUGAGGGGCUUAAUGGUUCAGCCGUAUCUGUAGACCAAACUACGUUACCUUUCAGACCAUCAGUUACAUCAACUUCUAAUAAAAAAGCUAGUAAAAAGAAAAGUGAAUCAGCAAUAGACGAGUUGCCUUCGACCCCUCAGUCAUAUGAUGACCUGUCACGAGAUCGUCGUCAAAUUAAAAAGCCGAAACGAGAAUAUGAAGAACGUAAUGUUGGAAAGCGUUUACGGCUUUCUGAAGCUCUGAAGGCUUGCAGCAAUAUUCUGAAAGAUAUUUCAUCUCAGAGAUAUCGGGAUCUAAAUCAUUUUUUCUUAAAACCAGUGGAUGUAGUGGCCCUUGGACUUCAUGAUUACUAUGAUGUCGUUAAAAAGGCGAUGGAUCUCAGCACCAUAAAGACAAAGCUAGAAAGCGGUCAGUACCACACUAAGUAUGAUUUUGCUGAUGACGUCCGGUUAAUGUUCAACAACUGCUACAAAUAUAAUGGUGAGGAUAGUGAAGUUGCAAGGGUUGGUAAACAACUACAAGCUAUUUUUGAUGAGAACUUCGCGAAAGUCCCAGACGACGAGUCAGAUACAGCUGCCUCUCCUGACACUCGUCCAGCUGAUCAGAAUAUGUAUCAGCUAAUCCAGAAUGCUAUCAAAGAACAUCAGAAGCUAACAGCUCAAUUUCAACGCUUUAGUGAAGAUUUGCAGAAAAGUACGGCGAAUUUGAAUUCUAUCUUAUCUUCCCUGAGUGUGGCUAUCAGGAAGGCACCUGUUGGUCACAACACACCGCAUGUUAAUUCACUUCCUCCGCAAACUGGGAUUUCAACUGUUCCGCGUAAUGCAAUGAAUGACUUAGAAGAUGUAAACUCUACUAAGAGAAGUAGACAAUCUCAGUCGAAAACAAAGUAUCGACAAUCAGGGCUACCUGCUGCAGCCCCCGCUCUCAAUACACCGAAUGUUCCAGUUAGCAGCACAGUUAACAUGAGCAGCACACAUUCCCAACCUUUGCCUGUACCAGGAUAUACUACAGAUGAAGAAAUGUCCGAAAACAAUGUUCGACCUAUGACAUAUGAUGAAAAACGUCAGUUAAGCUUAGAUAUCAAUAAGCUACCUGGAGAAAAAUUAGGUAGAGUUGUUCAAAUAAUUCAACAGCGUGAACCAUCACAUCGUGAUUGUAAUCCGGAUGAAAUAGAGAUAGAUUUCGAAACACUCCAGCACACAACUUUACGUGAGUUAGAGAAAUAUGUGAAAUCUGUUCUACAAAAAGCGAAAUCUGGUAGUCGUAAAUAUGUAAAAAAAGGAUUAAGCGGUGUUCCGCCGGGUAAAACGCGUGAAGAGUGCAUGAAAGAAAAAACGGAGGAAUUGGAAAAUCGGUUGAGAGAAAUUGGAGGACUUCCACAAGGUGCUCCUGGAUAUCAUAAUGCUCAUAACCCAAAGAAAGCGCAUGGUGCUAAUCGUUUGAGUGCAUCCUCAUCAAGUUCGAGCGAUUCUGAGAGUACUUCGGACUCCAGUGAAUCUGAUUCUUCAGAUUCCAAAUCCUACAAGGCAUCUUCGGAUCAUAAACAGGCGUAUGACCAGGUAGUCACAAGUGGACUUCAAAACUGUUCAAGGUCUGCUACUUCUUUACCGUCAAAUUCAAGUACUGUGACUGCUAAGACACCAGUUAAUCAGCCAUCGGCAAUUUCUACACACGACACUGUUACAAGUGGUCAUUGUAAUGAUGUUGGUUAUUCGAAGACGUCCGUUGAACAAGUGACUGAACAAAAUGAGUCAUCAGACACAGAGUCUGAACCGAAUUCUCCUCAUCAGUUGCCUCAGCCUGUAUGGUCAAUUUCAGGUUUUUCUAAGAAGCCGUCUUCUGGUGACAGCACACAGAGUAGACCCGGAACUUCAAAUAGUUGUGUUGUUACAUCUGCAUCUGAAGUGCCAUCUUCUACAGUGGAUACUUCAAGGCCUAUGAAUCUAGUACCGGAACCUAUUGAGGCAGAUGAUCUUUCAUUACCGAAUUCACAGUCUGGUAAAAAUGAAGAGAAAGAAAAACAAGCAGCCGCUCUUCAGAUAAUGCGUGAAGCUCGUAGGCAGUCACAGUGGAGUUCCCGGGCUGCUGAAGAGAGAGCUACUCGCGAACGUGAGGAGGCUGAGAGACGUCGACUUGAGGCAGAACUUGCUCUAGAAGCUGAAAGAAAAAGGGAGCAGGAGUUGCGACGCAUUGAGGAAGAGAAGCGUCUACUCGUUGAAGCUCGAAAGCGUGAAGAUAUUGCAAAGCGUAAGGCAAUGGUUGGUCCACCAGAACGUAUAAACGCUCAUGAAUUAUUAACUGAAUUUGAGAAUUCAGUUGACAUAUCCUGUAUUGAUGCAUGCUUUGCAAUGCGUCAUUUUUAA